AUGAAGGAAUACCUCGACUCCGAUAGAGUGAACUACUUGGUCUGGAGAUACCUGCUCGAAGGCAAUUAUCGAGAGACGGCAGCCAAGUUUCAGAAAGAGUGGCACGCUGAACCUCAUCGUCACUUCGACUUUGCGCGCCACAUCAAGAGCCAUGCCCUUGUCUCCGUCGUCAACAAGGGCCUUUGCUACCACGCCCUCGAGCGUGAGCAUGUUCGCAAAUCGAUGGGCAUUUUUGGCCCGCUGAAUGUUCAGCCUCCACCGCCACAAAAGGUCGAGGACGACGAAGAGGAUGCUGACGGCGAUGCCGAUGCUGACGCAGAUGGCGAUGCCGACGUGGAUGCCGAUGGCGAUGCAGAUGCGGAUGGCGAUGCGGAUGGCGACGCAGAGAUGGAAGAGGUCGAGAACUCGCGAAAACGCCAACUCGAUAAUCGCACGCAUCACCAGCAUCAAAUGAACGGUUCGCCGGCAAAGCGCCCACGACUCGUCAGUAAUGGGUACGAGAACGGAGUGGAUGCAGCCACAGACCCCAUGGAGCUAGACAGCCACAACCAUCAACCAACCCCGGCCGACCACAACAACAACCACGCUUAUCCCUCGCCCCUUGAAGGCGAACAGACACACUCACCAAUCCCCCACACCGACGGUCCCGAACAGGGCACACAGGUCGACAAGGUCGAAGAACUCGCACCCGAAACGACCUUUUUGCGACUGAUGCCAGACGACCUUCCCAAUGGCACCAGCUCAGCGUCGCCCUCAUCGUCACCCAUGCGGGCUCGUGCUGCGGCUGGAGAAAAUGCACCCGUCCUGUUAAGCUGCGAGUGGAGCCCCAAAGACCCAUCAGUCUUGGCGGCUGCUGGAACCGAUGCGCUAGCCCGCGUUUGGACGGUUUCGCGUGCCGCCACAUCUUCCGAAUCUGACUUUGACGCCCACGACUCCCAUCACGUGAACGGCGUCAACCGCCCCUUCCUCAGCCUCGUCGACGAUGCAACGCCGCGCAGCGCAACAGUCAGCCAAAUCGCCUGGAACUCUGUCGGAUCGGCCAUUGCUGUGGCGAUUGAUAAUGAAGGCAAGACGUCGGUGCAGGUGCGGGGAACCGAUGGCUCGCAGCUCGGCAAGUUUGAUGUGACCGAAUCACCUGUCAUCAAGCUUCGAUGGAACCCUACCGACACGGCCCUACUGGGCAUCGCCCCUGAGAAUGGCGGCGCGCUCAUCUCCGUUUUCCUACCACUGACCUCGACUACCCUGACGUACUUUUUGCCCGAUCAUGACAUUGACAACUGGCCGCUCGACGCUGCUUGGACCAGUGAGGCGACACUUCUGUUAUGUGGAGGCCAAGUCUUGGUCUCGCUCCGCUGCACCGAUUCGGCUAUUGUCGUGGACAAGAAGAUUGAGACGCAACCGGACGAUAACUUUUCUCAAGUGCAAUUUGACGCAAGGUCCAACCUCGCCGCUACGGCAAGCGCCAGUGGCGUGCUCGAUCUUUGGAACGAGGCUGGCGAGCGGCAUGCCAUCUCUGCGCACUCGGGCGCCAUCACGGCGUUGCAGUGGCAGCCAGUUCCCAAGGACGCGCAUGUACCCGAUGAUGAACGACUGAUUGCCUCUGGCGGAGAUGACUGUGCGAUCCUCAUUUGGAAUGCAAGGAAACCAGAUCAAAAGGCCAAGUGCUUCCUUACGAUGGACUCGCCCAUAGUCAGACUAGCCUUCACGCCCGACGGCGCAUUCAUUGCGGGCGCAACCGCCGGCAGGAUCUUGAUCUGGAAGGUUGGCGACACGGCGAUCCCUCGAGCCAGCUGGAGCCGGACACCUCAUCUCGGCUGGCUCAGCCCGAAAACGACUUCCGAGUCGGAGGAUGAGGAUGAGCACUGCCUUGGCUGGGACUGUGAUGGCCGACGCCUCGCAUACGGAGCCAACAGUAGGCUUGCCGUAAUUAACUUUCGAAGGUAA